AUGGAUGGUGCACCUUCUAUCAACCCAUUCACCGUCCCAUUUUUUCCCUUCUUCCCCAUCAUCAUCAUCGUCACCACCACGCUCAUUCUUAUCACAAACGCAUAUCAAGAUACAAAAGAAAAUACAAAAAUUCCCAGUCUCGAAGACGAUAAUGGCGCAAUCGAUAUGUCAUUACAACCGCCAGUAUCAUCAGCCGACGACCCCAAUCAGGUAGUGACAAAAUCAGUUUCAUUCAAACCUAGUGCGGGAGCAAUCGUAGGUGUUCUAGCAACCACAUUCUCCCUCACCUUUCUACUUCUUCUCUAUAUUAAACACUGCAACGGCGUUGCUGCUAGCAAUGCAAAUGCAGAUGGAGAGAGGGAUUUGCAAGAGAGGAAGAACUCUGGGAUUGGACGGACGGUUGUGGAUUUGUUACCCGCGUUCAAGUUUGGUUCGUUGAGAGGACAAAAACAAGGACUCGAAUGUGCGGUUUGUCUCACAGGGUUUGAGGAUCAUGAGAUACUAAGGUUGUUGCCAAAAUGCAAACAUGCUUUCCAUAUGGAAUGUGUGGACACGUGGCUUGACAAACACUCCACGUGUCCGCUCUGUCGGUAUAAAGUCGACCCUGACGACAUAGUUCAUUCUCAAGAAUUAUUGUUGUCGUCAGACGUCGAAAGCGGAAGAGUUAUGAGUAAUGUCAUCAGCAAUAGCAAUGAGUCACGACAUGAAAAUGAAAGUAUAGGUUCACGACGAGUUUCUUUUAUGAGAGAGAGGAAUAGUGAAGGGUGUUUGUUUAGUGGUCAUUCAAGAAAGGUAAAGAGUGAGAGUGUUAUAGGAGAACAUAGGUUAGAUCAUCGUAUAGUUUUGUCCCCUACUUGUUCUUAUACUUCACAUAGUGGUGUUCAACAACGGUGGAGCAAUUUUGAAACAGAUGAUAUGCUUUACUUAACAACUGAUAGGAUCAUCAGUUGCAGUUCGUCUUCGCGUGACGGAAGGAGAAGAAGGAUGAGGCGUAAUCGCGGUGGUGCUGAUGAUGAGAUGGAGAAUGGUUUUGGUGGUGGUGGUGGAAGGAGGAGGAGGAGGAGUGAAUGGGAUUUGAGGAGUACUGUGUCGGAGAUGACAGGGGUGAUGAGGUUUUUGAAUAGGGAUAGAAGGAGGGGAAGAGAACGUCGUGGUGGUGGCGGCCGGGAAGAACAAGAGAGACAAAGGGAGGGAGUUGCUUCAAGGUGGUGGGCUUGGAUUUCGAGGUCACAGCAACAAUCAUAUAGUAGAUCAACUUCUGAAUGA